AUGCUAGGAAGGGCAUUGCGACCUGGGUGGCUGGGUAUUACCAGAGCGACAGCGAGGUACCCGAUCUGCGGGACCUGCGCUAACAGAACGAUGCACACGGUGACGACGGGCAUGCCUGCCAUGCAAGAGGGUAUGCUGAGCUCAAUGACGAUGAUGACGAUGAUGACGACAACAACGACGAGGAUCAGCAGCACGGUUAGCGAGCCGUUGGCCGGCUCGAGCAUAGUGAUGCAGCUGGACUCUGUGAUGAGAAAGAGGAAGAAAAAGAUGAAGAAGCACAAACUGCGGAAGAGAAGAAAGCGGGAGAAGGCGGAGAGAAGAAAGCUGUCUCAGGGUAGGUAA